AUGGACGGAAGAAAUCAUUCUGCCAUCUCUGAGUUCAUCCUCUUGGGUCUUUCAAACCAACCAGAACAGGAGAGGCUUCUGUUUUUACUCUUCUUAGUUAUGUACCUGAUCACAGUGCUGUGGAACCUGCUCAUCAUUCUGGCAAUCAAAACUGACUCCCACCUCCACACCCCCAUGUAUUUCUUCCUUAGCAAUUUGUCCUUUAUUGACAUCUGCUUCACAUCCAGCACUGUCCCCAAGAUGUUGGUUAACCACAUAUCUGGGAAUAAAGCAAUUUCUUACAGUGGAUGCUUGACCCAAGUGUUCUUCUUCAGUUGGUUUGCAGGAUUAGAUAGUAUCAUCCUUGCCUCCAUGGCAUAUGAUCGCUAUGUAGCUAUCUGUGCCCCAUUACAUUAUACAAUGAUUAUGACCCCAAAAUUCUGUGCCCAUCUAGUAGCAGUGUGCUGGUUCUGGGCUUGUAUUGAUGCUCUCAUUCACACUGUCUCCUUAACCCGACUUUCAUUCUGUGACCACAAUGAAAUACCUCAUUUCUUCUGUGAUCUCAGUGUGGUGAUAAGGUUGGCAUGCUCAGACACCUUCUUCAAUGACUUGAUGGUCUACAUAGUAGGAGGAUUGACAGCAGUCAUGCCCUUUAUUGGCAUCCUCAUCUCCUAUACACGAAUUUUUGUGGCUGUCCUAAGGAUACCAUCGGCUCAUGGGAAACAGAAAGCUUUUAACACUUGUGGCUCCCACCUUGCUGUGGUUUGUCUUUUCUAUGGGACAAUCAUUGGAGUGUACUUCAACCCCACAUCCACCCACACAGCCCAAAAGGAUACAGCAUCAGCUGUGAUGUACACAGUAGUCACCCCCAUGCUGAACCCUUUCAUCUACAGCCUGAGGAACAAUGAUAUGAAAGGAGCCCUGAAGAUGCUCUUUACUAGGAAACCUGGCCUUUCUCUAUGA